AAAGGGCCAUACUGCCACGAUUGCCGAGGCACAAUGGGCCCUUCCUGCUUGCGCGGGGAAUCUCGACGUGUGUCCGCCCCUCAGGCGACACAAGUGGCCAGGACCAGGGGAAAUUCAUCGAUUCAUCCGCCGAGCACACAAGACUGCUGUAUGAGGAGAAGGGUGCAUAACAGAAUACUUCCCUAUGUCCCGGAUCAUCCACAGCGUGUGCACUCCGAAGACGCAAUGGCAGACAAACCCGAGAUAUUUUCGAAAGCUGGCAGGACAAAACCUCUCCCACAAGAUCCAGUAACCCGAGCUGACGUUAAGCACGUCCUCGAGCAUGGAUAUGUUGUCAUUCCUGAGUGUUUCACCAGAGCAGAGGCCAAGGAAGCUCGAGACGAGAUCGUUCGUCUCUUGGGACAAAAUCCACUUGGGGGACGGAAUCCUUUCGAAGGUCGCAAUACAAACCGCAUUUAUUCAUUGCUCAACAAGACCCGAGUGUUCGACAAGUUCACAAUACUGCCUCGAGUAUUGGCGCUGAAUGAUUACUUCCUCGAUCCUGGGUAUCUCCUUUCGGCAUUCCACACCAUUAGUAUCAAUCCGGGGGAGAAGGCUCAGGCAUUGCAUCAUGACGACGGAUACAUCCAGUUUCCACGACCCAGGCCACCCUUCGGGACAGCUAUCAUGGUGGCGUUUGAUGAGUACACGUCCACCAACGGUGCCACGAGGAUCGUACCUGGAUCUCAUAAAUGGGAUAGCCAUCGUCGACCCACAGAAGACGAGACCAUCCCUGCUCUUUGCCCCGAGGGUGGGGUUGUAUAUUUCCUGAGUACCCUCUGGCACGGGGGCGGUGCCAAUACCUCGAGCCGUCCACGGCAGAGUGCCACAGUCCAGUAUUGCAACCCCUACAUCCGGCCCAUUGAGAACCAGAUCUUAGCGGUCGAUCCACGAAAACUGGACAAGAUCCAUCCACGGAUCCUGGAGCUGAUGGGAUACCGACAUAUGGACCCGUUUAUUGGCUAUGCUGAUGGUCUGGGGCCGCGGCGAGCGGCAAGGAGGAUGGUUCGAUGGCUGCAGCAAGAAGUAGAUGAGAAUCCUCCCACAUUUGCACAUGAGAGUCGGGAGCCAAAACUGUGAGCCAUUCGAUCUCAGGUCGUGCUCAGACCAGUCGCCCAGGCUGUAUGUUGUCCGACGUCAUCAGGCCAAAGGGGCUCCGAAAUGAAGUGGUCGUGCAGGACAACUUGACGGCAUCAUUCGCGCCUGACCGAGGAAGCGUCAAAUCUCGCCGCGAGAAAGACGAACAUAGAAUAAAAAGAGAUUUGAGGAAGCCGCGUUAUUCCUAUAACAAGGUUUGUUUUGUUGUUGGCAGAAGCAGAGACAAGGAUGGGAGUGGGUUGACAGUGAGAGAGAGACAAGGUAGGCGCAGUCAGUCGCGUGCCAAUCACGACAGCGCGACAAAUGUACACAAAAUAUUCAAUUUAUGCACGUAGAUUGCACUAUUCCCGC